AAUACUGUCAUUUCAUGAAAGUUCAGUUUUAUAUACGUAUUUAUAGAUUAGGUCCUGAGGUUAUUUAAAAAAAAUAGUUUUUUUAACUGUGGGUUCCUGUGGAGAACGUUUGAAAGCAACCGCUUUAGAUAAACCAUCCAAGUUUGUCAACCUUUUGGAUUAGGAAGAGGUUUUCGAGUGUGGGAGCUAGUAAAAGGUCUCUGUCCUCAGAUGCAUGUCGCUUAGGCAGACUUUCUGCCAGCAUGUGGGAUCCAGUGGAGUGGAAUCCAAGAGAGGGAGAAGACUGGGAGGAGGGAGCCAUUAUCACCAAGAGAACUUCAUCUCCCAGCAGCCUUUUCUCUGUCUGGCAGGAAGUGGGGCGGUCCCCCGGGGAUAGAAAGAAGCCGCAAAAUGAGGCAGUAUGGUGGCCGAGAGUUCUAAUCCCUUCUUCCCCUUCUUUCUUAGCCCCGCCCAUCCUACAUUUCCCAGGAACCUGCGCGCACUCUUCCGCUCUCCCCUCUGCUCCCAAUCUCCCCGCCACUCCCCGGGGGAGGAGAACGGUUUAGUGCGCCUGCGCUUAUCCAUGGCUUGCUGGGAGCUGAAGUUCCGGAGGCUUAUGCAGUCCCCUUUUCACUGACCCUGGACGGACUACAGUCCCCUUGAUGCAUUGCGCGAUAGCGCCCGCGAAGGGAGGGGGGAGAGAGGAGGAGGGAGGGAGGCGAGGAGGAGGAGGAGGGAGCAGGCGGCCGGCGGCGCGGGGGGAGGGGGCCCGGUCCGGGAGUGCGGGAGGCAGUGGUAGAGGGAGGUGGCGGCAGCGGCUAGCGGACUCGAGUCACAACCGAGCCGAAGGAGACACCUCUGCGGAGCGAGGCAGUAGGAGCACCGAGCACCGGAGGCGGCACCGGGAUCCCCGGCUCAGGGGAGGGGGGCGCCGGACCGGGAGGAGGGGAGGGGGCGAUGCUGGAAGCCAUGGCGGAGCCCAGUCCCGAAGAUCCGCCUCCGACCCUUAAGCCAGAGACUCAGCCACCAGAGAAACGUCGGAGGACAAUUGAAGAUUUCAACAAAUUCUGCAGUUUUGUUUUGGCCUAUGCCGGUUACAUCCCCCCUAGCAAAGAGGAAAGUGACUGGCCAGCCUCUGGCUCCAGCUCUCCAUUGCGAGGUGAGAGUGCGGCAGACAGCGAUGGCUGGGACUCAGCCCCCUCAGAUCUCAGAACCAUCCAGACCUUUGUCAAGAAAGCAAAGUCAUCCAAGAGAAGGGCGGCUCAAGCAGGUCCCACCCAGCCAGGACCCCCAAGGUCCACUUUCCCUCGUCUGCAGGCCCCUGACAGUGCCACCCUGCUUGAGAAGAUGAAACUCAAAGACUCUCUCUUUGAUCUAGAUGGGCCCAAAAUGGCAUCUCCAUUGUCCCCUACAUCCCUGACACAUGCCUCCCGGCCCCCUGCUGCUCUCACCCCAGUGCCCCUUUCCCAGGGGGAUCUCUCCCAGCCUCCUCGAAAGAAGGACCGAAAGAACCGAAAGUUGGGGCCAGGAGGGGGGACAGGCUUUGGGGUGCUUCGGAGGCCUCGGCCAGCCCCUGGGGAUGGGGAAAAGAGGUCUCGAAUCAAGAAGAGCAAGAAGCGGAAGUUGAAAAAGGCAGAGCGGGGGGAUAGACUCCCACCUCCUGGGCCUCCCCGGGCACCUCCCAGUGAUACAGACUCUGAAGAGGAGGAGGAAGAAGAGGAAGAGGAAGAGGAGGAAGAGAUAGCAGCAAUGGUAGGAGGGGAAGCCCCAGCCCCUGUGCUGUCAACACCUCCUGAGGCUCCUAGGCCCCCUGCCACAGUGCACCCUGAAGGAGCCCCUCCCACUGACAAUGAAAGCAAGGAGGUGGGCAGCACUGAAACAAGCCAAGAUGGAGAUGCCAGCUCCAGUGAAGGCGAGAUGCGGGUUAUGGAUGAGGACAUCAUGGUAGAAUCAGGUGAUGACUCAUGGGAUCUCAUCACGUGUUACUGCCGAAAGCCCUUUGCAGGCCGGCCCAUGAUUGAGUGCAGCCUGUGUGGGACGUGGAUCCACCUCUCCUGUGCUAAGAUUAAGAAGACCAAUGUCCCUGACUUCUUUUACUGCCAGAAAUGCAAGGAACUGCGGCCAGAGGCCCGGCGGUUAGGGGGGCCUCCAAAAUCUGGAGAGCCCUGACAUAUGCCAUCCCUAGGCUGGAACUUCGAAUGGCAACAUGACUUGGGAACUGAGCCUCAGGGUCCUCAGCCUUUCCCCGGAGCUGGGAUGUCCCACUCCAAGGCAGAAAUUCCCAAGGGAGACUGGUUUGGAAAUGAGUGAUGUUCCUACCCUACCUUUUCUUCCCACUUUGUCAACUUGAACUCGGACCCACUGCAGUUGGGGGUGGGAAGCUGUCUGGGUCCCUAGACACUUAAGUUCUGUCCCUUGGACCUGCCACUGCUCACUUUCUGGGCCAGGGUGGGAGCUGGGAUGGAGUGGGACAGUUGUCUAUAAAACUCUAGUGUAAAUAUAGCACUCCCCUCCAUCUUUUCUUAUAUCUCACUCCCCAUUUAUUCUACACCGGUUGUAUUUUUAAUUUUGGACUUCCCCUUUUGAGCAUGGCAGCUCAGAGGUGGAGUACCAACCAGAGCUGGGCCGAGGGAGGAAGAAAAACAAAAAGGUGACGAUUCUCUCACUCAUCUCGUUUGUUUUUAAUAAUAUUGGCCAGCUGUUUGUACAGACAGCCUGCGUGUUGUAAAUAAAGCAGAGUGGGCUCUUUUGUGUUUAUA